AAGAAGAAAGAAUUUUUUACUGAAUUAGGCUCGCAAACAAGAAAAGAAAGAAGGACGGGCUUCGAUGAGCGAGACUAGAUGCGAGAUCCCUUGGUGUGCCAGGAGUGUCCUGGCUGCCAGUAUGUUCCUGUCUGUGCUUAUUCCUGCUGUCAUGGCGGCGGCCUUGAAGCCUGCGGCAGGCUUGCCACCGGCUGAGCUCUACCGCUCUUUGAAUAAUGUCGGCAUGUUUGGUGGCGACGUGGUCAAUAGCAUUUCUCUUUUCAGAUCAUUUCAAAAUGAUCCAGAUCCGAUGAAGCAUUACACCUACUGGACCCAUGGAAUCAUUCCGUUCACCGUAGACGAAUCAAUAAACGGUGCGAUGGAUUUAAUUCACGAAGCGAUGGACGAAAUCGAGAAGAAAACUUGCGUCAGAUUCCAGCGACUGAAAUCUGAUCAUGGUGUCAAAAACUUUGUUCAUUUCACAGCGACGAAUCCACUUGGAGGGUGCUGGUCGUCGGUUGGCAUGGACACGAGGAGAAGUCAAGUGAUGAAUUUGCAAAAACCCGAGUGCUGGGACAAGGGCGUGAUUUUGCACGAACUGGUCCACAACAUCGGCUUUUACCAUGAACACCAAAGACCAGACAGAGACAACUAUAUUGAUGUUCUUUAUAGAAAUGUCAGGCCAGAACCUUGUGGAAAUGACUAG